UUCUCCUUCACCUGCUCCACCACCCAUAUAUUUAGCACCAGCACUAGCAUCUCCCACCGGGCCAUCACUUGUACUACCUCAGGAAACCCAGCUCAUUUGGAUCAACAUACAGAUCAUGAGGUCUUCACUGAUGGUCCUGGCUUCUCUUCUCCUUCUCCUGGUUCUGGCUACAACAGCACAUGGGAUUCGGCUGGACAGGCACCUGCAUGAGGCACUCGGCAACAAGCAGGAACAACUGGCCGGGCAGCCACAAAAAUCCAAUGACGCCGCUGAUUCUACCGGCAGCAGCAAGCCCUGCACGUCGGAUGGGAAUUGCUCAGGAAAGGCGAAAAAGCCACCGUCGCCGCACACUCACGCCGAACCGGAAGAGGCAUCAGCCAAGCAUCAGAUACCCCCGAAGAGGAAGGACGGUCACGCUCAGGUGACCAGCCACGGCGAGCAGGAGGAAGCGCCGUUGCCACGGCAACCGCAGCAGAAGACAUGGUCGCGCCGGACGCUGCCGCGGCGGCCAAAACAGCAGGAGACGAGGACGUACCCGGACCUGAUCGACAUCGCCGGGAUGGACUACUCGCCGGCCGCCAGAAAGCCUCCCAUCCACAACUGAAUCUAACGAGGGCACACGGAUCGAUCGAUAUAUUGGAGCUGAAGUACCUAGUUUAUUAUUAUAGUAGAUUACCAGUACGCGGCUACUGGUUUAUUAGUUUUGUGGAGCUACUAUUAGCUUAUGGAUCCUCAUGGAAUAGAAUAGUGCGGUACAGCUAAUUGAUCAAGUGUGGUGACUGAUAUAUAUUACUCGUAUGAUGCUACGGGACAGAGACAGCGUCGCCGGAAUCGCUGCGCCUUUUGUGAAGACUCAAGACGAUCGUCCUACUGGCAGUACACACCAAAACUUGGCGUUUCCCUCUCGAGUUUCCCGCGAUUUGUAGUAGUAACAUGCAUGCAUGCAUGCCCGUGUAUGUAAAAUAGCACCGCCGUUUUGACCACUGGUUAUACUAUAUAGCUUCGCUGUGAGAAUGUGAGAUCGAC